CUGUUCCCAGCUCCAGUCACCUUGGACCCUAAUACAGCCCAUCCUGCCCUUCUCCUGUCUGAGGACCUGAGCACCGUGAGAUACACCGGGAAUCGGGAGCAACUUCCCGACAAUCCGGAGAGAUUUGAUUCCUGUGGCUGUGUCCUGGGAUCAGAGGGAUUCACAUCAGGGAAACAUUCCUGGGAGGUGGAGGUGGGGAAUGAGACUGCGUGGGAUGUGGGUGUGGCCAAGGAGUCCACCAACAGGAAGGGGACAAUCUUCCUGACUCCAGGUAGUGGAUACUGGGCCCUGGUGCUGAGAGAGGGGAAUAAAUACAAGGCUUGUGAGGAACCAUGGAAAUGGUUAGAGCUGAGUGUGAGUCCGAGGAAGGUCCAAGUCUGUCUGGAUUAUGAGGGAGGGAAGGUGUCCUUUUAUAACUCAGAGAACAAGAGCCAUAUCUACACUUUCACUGGGACAUUCACUGAGAAACUCUAUCCUUACUUCUGCCCAUGUACCACUAAUGAAGGUAAAAACACAGAGCCUCUGAAAAUCUGUCCCCGGAGAGUAACAAUCCAGGAGGAUGAGGGAUUCAUCGCUUCAUCCAAAUAACGACCCUCUCUGUGGGAGAAAGGGGAAGAUCCCACACCCUGGGUCACUGGGUCGGGGGGAAGGGAAGGUCCCACACA